GGUACGUAUCGCUUAAGCUCUUAUCCUUACUCGAGUUUUUCGUGUUGGUUCUCCGCGAACCCUCGUAUAUUGCAUUUCAUCAUCGAGUGUUAUCACAAAGAUGUCAGAUCCGCCGAAAAUAUCAUUCGGAUUCUCCAAAAUGAAGAAAAAACCGACCAUCAUCCCACCCUCGAAACCUGUAGAGAAGAAACCCGAUGUAGAGUUCAUUACUACCUUCGAGCACAGAGAUCCUCACGCAGUCGAACCGAAAAAAGAAGUUAUUAUACCUGUAACCGACGUAGAUGGAAUCAAAGAACGUAUCUUAGCUUAUAAAAGAAAAAAAGAAGCUCCAGGCGGUACUGAUUCUGAAAUAAAAGCCAUCGCCUACGAAAACCCUCACGGUAGAAAGGCAGCGAAUGUGAUACCGUUGAAUGUAACCGAAGAACCGAACGAUUCUUCGGAGGUUGCCGAUUAUGACGAUGUACCUGUGACCGAAUUCGGGCAAGCUAUGUUGAGAGGUAUGGGAUGGGCUCCCGGUAAAGGUAUUGGUAAAAAACCAAAACUCGUUGAGUAUCGUGAACUCGAGCUUAGACCCAGAGGGCUUGGUUUAGGAGCUGGACCUGAUGCUGUGAUGAAGCUAGAAAGUAAGAAAGAGCAGGAGAAGAAGUAGAUUUUUGAGAUGGAAUUCGAAGACUUGAGACUGUGAUAUGUUUAUUAUUAUGGAGUGUAAUUAUGUUGUAUUUUCAAAUUGAAAUUUGUGUUGAAUUUUGUAUUUGUAAUACCGGUUUCAUGUUUCAUCUAUUUGGUCGUUUGCAUUGUGAGAUGAUCUAAUGUUGAAAUUCUUCUUGAAAACUCGUAAUGAUUUUUUAAAUGUGUAGUGUUGUAAUGUAACAUUGUGUACAGAUUGUCUAUAAUUUUUCGGUUUAGUCAUUUUAUCUAUUAUUUUGAUAAAUUAAAAUGAUUUUUAGAUUUUGUUA